UCAAAAGCCUUGUUCCACUUCCCCUAUAUAAACCCCUCUUCUCACCCUUCAUUACAUUCUUUCGACCCUUUUGUUCUUCUCAUUUGCAAAGGUCAAUCAUCAACAUAAAGACAAUCUCGUGCCGAGGGUCUACCAGAAACAACCUCUCUACAUUCACUGUAGGGGUGAAGUCUGCGUACACAAAUCCCCUCCCCAGACCCCACUUGUGGGAUUAUAUUGGGUUUGUUGUUGUUGUUCAUCAACGUAAAGAUGGUCUAAGAUAGUUUAAUAGAGCUGAUGAUUCAUGAAGCCGACCUCAAUUAAUUCAGAUCUUUUUUGUUAAAACCUUCACCCCCUCUUUGGAUUUGGAUCUAAUCAGAGACUUGACUGAUUCUGGAAAAUUGAUUCGGGGUUCUUAAACAAUUUCCAUGUUUUGUUCCUAGUUCCAAAAUUAUUAAUGACAUACGCUAUCCAGAUGCGUCGUAUUCGUAUUCUGCACUCUUUCUCAGUAGUCUUUCUUUACUGGUUCUACGUAAUUUCAUGAACUAGCCAUCGUCAUCAUUGUCCCUGUCCAAUUUAAUUUUAGGAUUUUCUUAGCUACACUACCAACAUUUUCUGAUCUAACAAAAAGAGAGAAUACAAAGUUUCCCAUUGUUUCACAUAUUGAUUGUCAACCAAGUCGACAUGGCUUCCACUCAGCAAGCGGUGAGUUCUGCUUCUGAUGCAGACCAGCAGUAUGCAAAAUUUGACGAAAGGAAAAGGAAGAGAAUGGAAUCCAACCGUGAGUCUGCUCGUAGGUCACGGAUGAGGAAGCAACAGCGAUUGGGGGAGUUGAUGAGCGAAACAACACAGCUACAUAAACAGAACAGUAUCUGCCGCGAGAGGAUUGAUUCUGUCGAGAGAAAUUAUCGUGCGAUGGAUGCAGAAAACAAUGUGUUGAGGGCUCAGAUUGCUGAAUUGACUGAACGUUUGAAUUCAUUGAACUCGCUCACUCAAUUUUGGGCUGACGCUACUGGAUUCCCUGUGGACCUCUCUGAAAUUCCCGACACUUUGCUUGAGCCAUGGCAGCUGCCUUGCCCUAUUCAACCUAUCGAUGCUUCUUCUGAUAUGUUGCUGUUUUGAGAUUCUAGUCUGAAGAUUUACGAUGAAAUAGAGAAAUUCAUAUUAAAUGUCCUUGGUAUUUUCUUUUGCUCAUCAACAAUGUAGCUUUUGUUUCUUACUAGUCCGGUCGCCUUAGGCUAUUAUUGGUAUUAAGUAUAUGGUUUUGUUACUAUGGAAUUGCUUUGUUAUUUUGUGAUAUUGUAGGAUCUGUUUGUCCUAAGUUUUGCUUGUUUCAUGUGUUUGAUCA